GGAUGGUUUUGACGUCGGACGUAGUUGUGGUCUGUCCUGUCUUGCGUGCGUGCGGGUCACCGAAGAUCUGGGAAAUACGUGGUUGACGUUUGCAGACUGACGUUUUGGAUCUUAAUCUGAGAUGUUAUCUGUUUUAUUUAGAAAACGCUGCAUAACUACCCCAAAGUUAUAUCACCCACCAAAAUGUUGGACGUCGUCACUUAUCAGACUUAGUGAUGGUGGAUCAAGUGACAAUCAACAGGUCAGCUGGACGUCCUUUGCCAGGCCCACAACAGAAUGGCGUGAAGUUUCAAGAGGAAAAUAUUCUCCUAAAAUCCUUGCUUUCAUAAAGACUGGUCUCUCCCUAAGGUGUCCGUGCUAUGCGGUGGGUUUUACAGCAAGGAAUCAAUCUUUUCAUUCAUCUGUUGUGAGGCUCAAGAAGAGACCACAGCCAGUACCACCUCCCAGGGAGCUGGACCUGCUGCGGUAUGAUAUGAACGACUUCUGGAAGAGUCCCAAACCAGCUCUGUGGCUGGGGGUUGCGGGACUGAUCCCCUUUGUUGCCCCGCCACUCAUCAUGGGUGUGACUGAAAGCUACUUUCCCGAGCUUGCCUAUGCUCAAGUGGCCUAUGGCGCGUCCAUCGUUUCCUUCCUGGGAGGAGCUCGCUGGGGGUUCGCUCUCCCUGAGAGUAGCCCUGCCAAACCUGAUUGGAUUAACCUGAGCAACAGUGUGGUUCCUUCACUCUUAGCCUGGGUUACCAUGCUGAUGGCCGACAACAUUGUUCCUUCAGCUACCAUGGUUAUUAUGGCGCUGGGAAUCUCACUUCACUAUGAUCUGUCACUCCUGCCCACCUACCCCAGCUGGUUUAAAGCCCUGCGUGCAUUCUUGACCUUUGUGGCAUUUUUCUCUCUACUGGGUACACUCAUUACGCAUCAAAUGUACCCGGAGAAAACUUUUUUCUCAGCCUGAGAAAUCAGGUAUCCUGGGUUAACAUCUUAAUUUCAGAUGGCAAAACGUGUGUGCGGUUUCCUGUGUUUUCUUUUCCAUGGAAACCGGGUCAUAAUGGCUCUUUGAGUGUAAAAGGUUUCCGAUUCCUGUGGUAGACAAUUAAAAGAAUGUUGUUUUGUUAUAAUUUGAGACAAAAUAAAGAACAUUUAAAAAAUUACAAAUUUUUGGAAAUACGGUGCAUCCAAAUUACAUUCUUCUAUUAAAAAUAAAU